AUGGCACGAGGAGACGGCCAAGAGCUCGAUAUCACCGUCCCCGUCGAGGACCCAAAAAAGACCGAUCAGGAGAAGGCAAAGGAGAAGCAGCGCGAAGAAGCCGCUCGCAAAGGUCUCCCGCCUUUCGACGAGAAGAAAGCUAACGCCAAGGACAAGCCCGAAGAUGAGCUUAGCGAAGAAGACCUCCAGCUCAAGAACGAGCUCGAGAUGCUCGUAGAGCGUCUCAAGGAGGAUGACUCCUCCCUCUAUCGUCCAGCGCUCGAAUCGCUCCGGACCUUGAUCCGCACCAGCACCUCCUCCAUGACCUCCGUCCCCAAACCACUCAAAUUCCUUCGUCCGCACUACCCAGAGCUCAAGACCCUGUACGAAACAUGGAAGCAAACCAGCGCCGACAAGAGCCUGUUUGCCGAGAUCCUCUCGGUGCUUGCCAUGACUUACUCGGACAAUGGCCAGCGUGAAACGCUCCACUUCCGUCUGGAAGCCAACCACGUUACUCCCACUGGCAAGUCUGAAGACCCCGGUCUCUGGGGUCACGAGUACAUGCGCCACCUCGCCUCCGAGCUUGGCGACGAGUACGCUACCCGUUCACAAGACGACAAGCCCACUGACGAGCUCCUCGAGCUUGCCCUUCAAGUCGUUCCUUUCAGUCUCACCCACAAUGCCGAAGCCGACGCCGUCGACCUCCUACUUGAGCUCGAAGCCAUCGACAAGCUGCCCCAAUUUGUCGACAAGGACACCUACGCGCGCGUUUGCCUUUACAUGGUCAGCUGUGUCAACCUCCUUGUGCCCCCCGACGACACCAUGUUCCUCCGCACCGCCCACGAAAUCUAUCGCAAGCACGACCGAUUCGCCGAGGCCAUGACCCUCGCUCUUCGUCUCGGCGACAAGGAUCUCAUCCGCUCCGAUUUCGAGGCGCCCAAGAACCCCACCAUGCGCAAACAGCUCGCAUUUAUGCUCGCAAGGCAACACGUUCCUAUCGAGUGGCUCCAGGACGAAGACUCGCCCAUCACCGACAACGAACUCCUCGACAUCAUGUACAACUCGCAUCUCUCACGCCACUUUGUUGACUUUGGUAAAGAGCUCAAUGUUCUUGAACCAAAGAGCCUCGAGGACAUCUACAAGACCCACCUCGAAAACUCGCGCACUGGGCUCGGCGGCUCUGUCGACUCGGCGCGAGGCAACCUCGCCAGCACCUUUGUAAACGCAUUUGUCAAUGCUGGGUUCGGUAACGAUAAGCUCAUGGUCGAUGCACCAGAAGGCAAUUCGUGGAUCUACAAGAACAAAGACCAUGGCAUGCUCUCGGCCGCCGCUUCGCUCGGUAUGAGUCUGCUCUGGAACACCGAAACCGGUCUCGACCAGAUCGACAAGUACUCGUACUCGUCUGAAGAGGCUAUCAAGGCUGGUGCCUUCCUUGCCUACGGCAUCGUUCACUCUGGCUUGCGAUCCGAGUUGGAUGAGGCCAUGGCGCUGCUUUCGGAGCACAUCGAGUCCAAGAGCAUUCCGCUCAAGAUUUCGGCCAUCGUCGGUUUGGGCCUCGCCUAUGCUGGGUUCUGCCGAGAGGAUGUCGCCGCGCUCCUGCUUCCCAACAUUCAGGACGAGACCACCCCGAUGGAGGUAGCGGCCAUGUCGGCGCUCUCGCUCGGCUUCGUGUUUGCCGGCAGCUGCCACGGUGAGAUCACCCCUACCAUCUUGCAGAGCAUGAUGGAGCGUGAUCCGUCUCAGCUCGACGACAAGUGGGCGCGUUUCAUGAUCCUCGGUCUCGCGCUGCUUUUCCUCGGCAAGCAGGACGAAAGCGACGCCACCAUCGAGACGCUCAAGGCCAUCGAGCAUCCCAUCAGCAAGCAGGCGCAGGUACUCGUCGACAUGUGCUCGUACGCAGGAACGGGCAACGUGCUCAAGGUACAGAACAUGCUUCACUACUGCACCGAGCGUUCGGCACCAGAGGACACUGGCGAUGACAAGGAAGGCGAGUCCACGGGUGAUUCGAACAAUGCGGAAUCGUCACAGGGCAGCAGCGACGACGAGGACGACAAAGACGACAAGGAGAGCAAUGAACUGUUCCAGGCUUUCGCCGUGAUCGGUAUUGCGCUGGUCACCAUGGGCGAGGAGGUGGGUGCCGAGAUGGCGCUGCGUCACCUUUCGCAUCUCAUGCACUACGGCGAGCCCACCAUUCGCAGAGCGGUGCCUCUGGCGCUGGCGCUUCUCCACCCUUCCAACCCGUCGAUGCCCGUGCUGGACACCCUGUCUAAGUACUCGCACGACUCGGACCUCGAUGUAGCCAUCAACGCCAUCCUUGCUAUGGGUCUCGUCGGUGCUGGUUCCAACAACGCACGUCUCGCUCAGAUGUUGAGACAGCUCGCCGGUUACUACUACAAGGAGCCCGACUGCCUCUUCAUGGUGCGUGUCUCGCAAGGCUUGGUGCACAUGGGCAAGGGCACCAUUGGCAUCAACCCGUAUCACACGGACCGACAGCUCAUGUCGCGCAAUGCCGUUGCCGGUAUCUUGGCGCUGCUCACUUCGAUGACAGAUGCACGUGGAUUCGUGUUGGAUCAGUCGCACUGGAUGCUCUACUUCCUCAGCUCGGCCAUGUACCCGCGGUUCCUCAUUACGCUCGACGAGAACCUCGAGGCGCUGCCGACGAGCGUCAGGGUGGGCAAGGCGGUCGACGUGGUGGGUCAGGCGGGUAAGCCCCGGACCAUCAGCGGCUUCCAGACGCACACAACGCCCGUGCGUGUCGGCACUCACGAGAGGGCGGAGCUGGGUACCGAGGAGUACCUCAGCUACGCGCAUGUCCUCGAAGGGUUCAGCAUCUUGCUCAAAAACCCGGGUUAUGUCAAGGAGGAGGAUUUGUGA